AUGACGGUGCCAUCGAUUCCCCAAAUACUCACGGAACUGAAGAUGACACAGGAUGACCAGCAGCCCAAAAAAUGUUCCGUUUACGUAUGGUGGGUGGAUUCCUGGAGAGGAAUCCUGUCAGAAUUUAUCUCCACGAUGAUGCUCGUACUAUUCGGCUGCAUGUCUUGUUUGCCCAUGGAAGGAAUUAACUUAACCAUAUACCCACCCUUCGGAUUUGGUUUCGUAGUCUUGUUCAACAUUCAAAUCUUCGGACACAUUUCUGGAGCAUACAUGAACCCGGCGGUGACUUUAGCAACAGUAAUCUGGGGAAGUAAGUCGAUACCUAUUGCAAUUUUGUAUGUACUAGCCCAAUGUGCGGGUGCAGUACUCGGCUAUGGGAUCUUAGUAGCACUAUCUCCUUUUGACUUGGAAGUUGAUAGCGUGUGUGUGACAAUGCCAUUCUCCGGUUUAACCGACCUGCAAGCGGUGGGAGUUGAAGCAGCGUUAACCGCAGCACUUAUUUUGAUUAACUGUGGUCUGUGGGAUCCAGCGCAUGCGAAUAAACAAGACAGCGCCCCGAUAAAGUUCGGAUUAACAAUUGUUGGACUUGGUCUCGUAGGAGGACCACUGACUGGGGCAAGCAUGAACCCUGCGAGGACUCUCGGACCAGCUGUUUGGACUGGCAGGUGGAUUAGACAUUGGGUAUACUGGGUUGGACCACUUAUCGGAAGUUUCUUUUCAGUUCUGUUCUACAAAAAAGUGUUUUUGAAGAAAUACGAAUAA